GAUUACGGGUUACUGAUUACGGGUUAAUUUCUCCUCCGAUUGGGGCCAUUUUUUGCAUUUCUGCCUAGGAUUGACUCGCGCUUACCCCCUUUACGCCACUAAUCAUUAUCAUGGGCGAAUAAUAUCUCAGAAUGUAGCCCCCAAGCCAAGGUUGCAUAUAUUCAUCGCGAUGCAUCUGAGACAGGCAGAAAGACUUCUAAAACGCCAUAUAAUCCAUAUCUUCACUUGUUAAGGUUGUAUGAUGGUAAGUUAAGAGAUAAUGAUAUGGCUGACCCUUUAAGCAUCACUGCCUCCGUCAUCGCAGUCGCCACUCUCGCGUAUCAGAGCCUCAAAUCUCUCAGCAACACCAUUUCCGCCCUUAAGCACGCACCAGAGAACCUUAAAGACCUUCGUAAUGAUCUCGACAUACUACAAAGUCUUCUUGAUUCCUUGCAGAAAGAACUCGGAAGUACCAAGAGCGUCAAUCAGACCCAAUCUUUGACAUUUGGAAGAUUGAAACCUGCAUUAGAUGAUUGCAAAGCGGCUUGUGACGGGUUCAAUGCUAAAUUAAUUCGACUCACUUCUCAUUCUGGUACCGAUCACGUCAACUGGUUCGAUAGGCUACGUCUGCAGUUUAAAGAAGAUGACAUCUUACUCUUCAAAGCCAAGUUAGCAAACUGCAAGCAGACCCUAGACAUCGCAUUAGGGGUAGCAACAAUAUCAACCAUUGGUCAGAAUCAAAGCAAGCUUCAAGAUCUCGAGACCCAAAUCGCGACGUCAGUGAGCAGCUUCACUGGCCAAAUAUGCGGCCUAGAAACCGCAGUUAGAUCAUUGUCGCUCGCCCCGUCGAAUGUCAAUCAAAUCGACAUGGCUUCUAUCAUUGCGAUUUUGGACGAUCAUGAUCGCAUGCUGAAGCAGUAUGUGAGCUUCUGUACUUCUGCCUUGACGGAGGUGAACGAGAGGACUGGCAAUAGCGUCAAAUACGCGCGGACAUUCGACGAAGCGCGGCAGUUCAUUGGCAAUAUGGGCGAUGUCGGGAGAGGCGGCCCGGCAACGAACGUGGAACAAGGGGAAGCUAGAGAUAGGUCAAGACAGGUUAUAGGGAACAUGUCAGGAGACGUCGCGAGGGACUUUCUCAGCUGAAGCCGCCAUACGUCCACAGUUUCAAUGCAAAUGUCAUUCUGGCUAGGU